AUGGCGCCUGACACUGAGGGCUCAGAUAUCGAAGAUGAUGAGGAUGAUACGAAACCCGAUCUCAGAACAUUAUUAUCAGAGAACUUUAUCAAAAGCGCAUUCGAAAAGACGCCGCACAAAUUUGUGCCCGAGGGUAUCAUCUACGAGCUGAUCACAGAGGAAAGCAUCAGUGAGGCUUUGGAGAUGCAUGCGGGCACACGCGGAGAUGCCGAACUAGUGGAAUUCAUACGCAUGCAUGCGAAGAAGGUUUUCGCAAUCUUCAUCUACACGCGACCAACCAAGUUGCUCGCAGCACUGAAUUGGUGGAGAAAAAAGGAUAUGGACGACCGCGAUCUACCAAUCAGUGUCCAUCCGGGAUGGAGGAAGCAGGCCUGGUUUGCGGAAUUUUGCGAACACCAGUGGAAAUUCCUCGCUCCAGUCUUUUCGACAGCCCGGUAUAACCACAACCUCGAAGAAGAUCAUAUCUUACCUUUUGUUUCGAAAGAAUCGGACUCUGGUAGAGGAUCGUUCGGCGCUCUUUUGGACCGUAGUACCUUCGCGGUCAAGGAGAUUCAGUCUUCUGAUAAUGCACAAGAGGUUGCGGAACAUUGGGAAAGAGAGGUCAAAGCCCUCCGGACCAUGAACGAGUUGAGCCAAGAACAUAUUGUUCGCUUCAUAACAGCUUUCCGACGCCGUAGAGGCAAGGACGGACAAGACCACUACCUCAUGUUCGAGUGGGCCGAUGGGGGAAAUCUCCGCAGUAUGUGGAAAAGGGUGCCUUCACCAACACUGACGGUAGCAUUGGUCAAAGAUGCCAUGUUCCAGAUAUUGGGACUUGCCAGGGCACUCGAGGCCGCUCAUAACCUAAACAAUACCGGCGCAUCAUACCGCCAUGGAGAUAUCAAACCCGAAAACAUCCUAUGUUUCAAUAACGGGCGUACGAUUGGCACCCUGAAGAUCGGCGACUGGGGCGAAGCGAAAGAGCACGGGCAGGUCACGGAGAUGCGUCCUAGUAAAACAACAGCAAAAUAUGGCACUCGUGUCUACGAGGCGCCUGAAGUCGAAACGGGCGUAAGAGCUAAAUAUCUGGGUCAGUCAACGAAGCGUCGCUCACGUCUAUACGAUAUCUGGGCGAUGGGAUGCAUCACUUUCGAAUUCACCAUCUGGCUAUUGCAAGGGCAUGAGGGGCUUACUCGGUUCCGCCGCGACCUUGGAGAAGCAAGUUUCUACGAGAUCAGCGUCCAGAAUGGAAAGAAGGAAGCUCAAGUGCACAAAGCUGCCACAUACUGGAUGGAUAGAAUGGGAGAGGAUCCCAGAUGUCAGGCCGGUAGUACAGCGAUAGGGGAUCUCCUGGAACUAGUGAGAACAGCAUUACUGGUCGUCAAGCUUCCACGAAGACUUGGCACGAACAUAUCAGAUCACACUGAACGAUCUCGUACCGACUCCGUAGUUUCGGAGGCGAGAUUUGAAGCAAGUGCUCGUCCCGCCAGCGAAACACCUUUUGGCCCGGGAGACGUCCCAGAUAUACCACCUGCAGUAGGCGUUCCCUCCUUCAGUAUCACUCCGGCGGAUCCAGAGCCUGAAAGAAUUCCAAUACAACCCGAGCCAGAAGCUAAAGGUCCCGCUCGAUGCCUCGCAAAUGAAUUUCGCUCCCGAAUGGAAGGAAUUAUCGCAGAAGACCCGGACGAAGAUGAAGGCUACUGGCUCACAUACUGGGUGCAGCCUUUGGAACUUCGCCCAACCUCAGACCUAGUGUUGCCACCUUCUCCUACCACGGAAGUUUACUCUGGCGAGGUCUCUCAGAAGCCAGACUGGGAACAGUGCCAAGACAGCUCUGACGGAUUGAUCGCUCCCUCUCAGAGGAGGAUAGACUACGCGCAUCCAGAACUCGAUGAGGAUGACUGGAAGUACCAGUCUGGCAAUGACGUUGUUUCAGAUUUGUUCGCCCAGCUCAAGGAGAGCAAGUCACUGGAACCAAGCGACAAUGUCGACAACUUCAAAGACCAUGUGCUUGACGGUGAGCUGCACCAGCGUGGCUGGGUCUUACAGGAGCAUGCUCUCGCUCGUCGAACCCUUUUCUUUACUGAGCAUCAAACUUACUUCGAGUGCGGCAAUGGCGUGCGCUGCGAGACGUCAACGAGAUUAAACAAGUAA